AUCGCAUACUAAAUAGUUGCGGCAGUGCGCGUUAUAAAUUCACAGUGGGCGGUUCCGUGAUUUGAUUGAACAAUUCUUUUCGUUGCCAGAGAGAUUUAUAUUACGUAUAUGCGUAGAAAUAUUUAUUGAACAGUAGUUUACUCUCUUUUGGUUAUUUCUUACAGUUUGGCUGUCGUAAGACUUACAUAAUAUAUUAGUGUAAUCCACAAUAUUGCGAUGGAAUUAUUGACAAUCUUGUUCACCGUGAUCCCUGCAGUUUUUUCCAAGAAUCCCAAUAUUGUGUUCAUUUUGGCGGAUGAUUUGGGCUGGAAUGACGUUAGUUUUCAUGGGUCUGGACAAAUUCCCACGCCAAACAUUGACGCUUUGGCUUAUACAGGCCUCAUAUUGAACAAGUAUUACGUUUCCGCUAUCUGCACUCCUUCUAGAAGUGCCCUUAUGACUGGUAACCAUCCGAUCCACACGGGAAUGCAACACACGGUACUCUUUGGUGCUGAGCCCAGAGGUCUGCCACUGAAUCAGAAGUUACUUCCCCAGUACCUUGAAGAAUUGGGCUAUGCAAAUCACAUAGUUGGGAAGUGGCACUUGGGCUGCUACAAGAAAAAAUAUACGCCAACUUUCAGAGGCUUUCAUAGUCAUACAGGUUACUGGACAGGCCAUCAAGAUUAUAACGAUCAUACAGCUAUGGAGGAUGGUUAUUGGGGUCUUGACAUGAGACGUGGAAUGCAACCAGCGUGGGACUUACACGGACAGUAUUCAACAGAUGUCUUCACCAAAGAAGCUGUUUCCGUCAUUAAUCUUCACAAUACUACGCAGCCUUUGUUUCUCUUCAUUGCACACGCUGCGGUACAUUCAGGGAAUCCUUACAAUCCACUUCCUGCGCCCGAUGAAAAAGUCGCUGAAUUCGAUUACAUAAAAAACUAUCACAGAAGAAGAUUUGCAGCGAUGCUGAGCAAACUUGAUGAUUCUGUGGGCAUUGUGGUUGAAGCGCUCCGUCAACGCGGCAUGUUGCACAAUAGUAUCAUAGUUUUCUCAACUGACAACGGUGGCCCAGCAGCCGGCUUCAAUCUCAACGCAGCGUCCAACUGGCCAUUGAGAGGAGUCAAGAACACACUCUGGGAAGGUGGUGUACGAGGGGUAGGUCUUCUGUGGUCUUCAUUGCUAGAACGUCCUGGGCGAGUCUCAAACCAGCUUUUCCACAUAACGGAUUGGUUGCCGACGUUAGUAGCAGCAUCAGGUGGCGAUCCAUUAAAGCUGAGUAUUGACGGAAUGAAUCUGUGGCCGGCUUUAAGAACUGGGUCCACGUCACCACGAACAGAAAUCCUCCACAAUAUUGACGACGAGUAUGGAAAUUCAGCUAUUACAAUUGGUGAUUGGAAGCUUCUUCAAGGAAGUACUUACAAUGGCGUCUGGGACGAUUGGUAUGGACCUUCAGGUAGAGGGGAUGCUUAUAAUAUUGAGGCGGUCAUCGGAAGUCCAGCUGGUCAAGCUGUCGCAAGUGUGGGUUUUGUUAUAAUUGCACAAAAGGCUCGUGACAUUCGUGAAAAAGCAUCUGUAAGCUGCACUCCUAAGAACGUCACCUUACCAGUCUGCAGUCCACUUCAAGCUCCGUGCCUUUUCCGGAUUCAUGAAGAUCCAUGUGAAAAAAAUAACCUUGCUCAUGCGUAUCAGGAUGUGGUUACAACUCUGCAAAACCAGAUAAAAAAAUGGAAUACAACGGCAGUGACACCAGCAAAUCUUCCAUGGGAUCCUCGUGGUAAUCCAAAAUUUUGGGACCACACUUGGAACAAUUUCGGUGACUACAGUGGUGCAACUACCAUUUUUGACUAAUGAUCAUUUCGUAAAUAAUAUGCGUCUAUUUUUACGAGUUUGAUACAUCGUUCAAAUUAAGUUGGUAUUUUACUCAUCAUUAUUUACAUGAUUUGCUGGUUUAAAAUUUUUCCUUCUGACCUUCUUUCCUUUCUAGCUAGUGAGGUACAGCGAUAGCUAUAGAACUGGAUUAUAAGUUGAACUCAGGCUUGAGUACAUUUAAUCAAUAUAAGCACACCGAAUUAGUUAAUUCUGGCUGUAUUAUGUCAAACUAAAUAAAAAAAU